UUGCCCUUUUUUCCGCGCGCACGGACGGUUCUGUUCUUCUGUUUAUUUGGUUUUUAUAUUUUUUGCGUUGCCAACGCCACACCGCACAAGCAGAAGGCAAAAGCAGCGGACACGGCCGUGUCCGCCCCGGCUCUACAAAACACUCUCUCGUUUCUCACGUUCCACGCGGAGUAAUUGGCCAGUUUUUGUUAUUGUUAAAUGUAAACAAUAUUUGAAACAAACAAUUCCUUUAGCUAGAUCGCAAAAUGCAGUCAAUUAAGACAGCAGAUUUGCCGGAGAAUCCGCGAGAGAGUUGCAAUUUUAUUUCAGCAGCAUGCUUUUGGUAUACCAUGCCCGUAUUCCUCAAGGGACGGAAGAACACCUUGGAAACAACGGAUCUGUAUAGAGCCCUAAAGGAGCACAAGUCUGAGACGCUGGGCAACAAAUUGUGCGCCGCCUGGGAGCGAGAGCGGCAGCAGGGCGCCAAGAGGCGACCCAGCCUGCUGCGUGCGCUGAUACGCGUCUUUGGCUGGUACUUUGGGCUGCUCGGCCUGGUGCUGUUUCUGCUGGAACUGGGACUGCGCACCCUGCAACCGCUUUUCCUGCUUAAGCUGAUAUCCUACUACUCCCAUGGCUCGGAGUCGAUAGAAGCGGCGUACUACUAUGCGGGCGGUGUGAUCCUGUGUAGUGCGCUCAAUGUAAUCAUAAUGCAUCCCUACAUGCUCGGCACCAUGCACGUAGGCUUGAAAAUGCGUGUGGGAAUGUGCAGCAUGAUCUACCGCAAGGCUUUGCGGCUGAGUAAAACCGCCCUGGGAGACACCACAGCUGGCCAUGUGGUUAAUCUGAUGUCCAACGAUGUGGGACGCCUGGAUUUGGCCACCAUAUUUGUGCACUACCUGUGGGUGGGUCCACUGGAAACUGUUUUCAUUACAUUUCUCAUGUACCAGGAGAUUGGUAUUGCUGCCGUGUUCGGUGUGGCCUUUAUGCUGCUGUUUAUACCCCUGCAGGCGUAUCUGGGCAAGAAGACCUCGGUGCUGCGCCUGCGAACGGCCCUGCGGACGGACGAGCGGGUGCGAAUGAUGAAUGAGAUCAUAUCAGGCAUCCAAGUGAUCAAGAUGUAUGCCUGGGAGCUGCCCUUCGAGACGAUGGUUGCGUAUGCGCGCAAAAAGGAGAUCAAUGCCAUACGACACGUGUCCUACAUACGCGGCAUCCUGCUCUCCUUCAUCAUCUUCCUCACGCGCGUCUCCAUAUUCCUCAGUUUGGUGGGAUACGUGCUGCUGGGCACUUUCCUCACGCCCGAGGUGGCCUUCCUAAUCACCGCCUACUACAAUAUCCUGCGUACCACGAUGACCGUGUUCUUCCCCCAAGGGAUCUCCCAGAUGGCCGAGACACUGGUGUCCAUCAAACGCGUGGAGAGGUACAUGCAAUCAGACGAAACGGAUGUUUCGGACAAGAGUGUGGACUGGCCGCUGGACACGCCGGGCAGCAACCAGGCGACGGUUCACGGCGAGACGGAGGAGGAUCUCGAUGAAGUCGAGGAUAAGCUGCUGCCCUCACCACUGCCGAUGCCUGUACCCAUGCCACUAGGCAAGAUCAACGAGAAUGCGGUGCUAUCCGAAGCGGGUAUUGCCAUCAACGGGCUGAAGGCCAAGUGGGAUGUCAACUCGCCCGACUACACACUCAAUGGCGUGAAUCUGCGCGUCCAGCCAGGCACCAUGUUGGGCAUUGUGGGACGCACAGGCUCUGGCAAAUCCAGUCUCAUGCAAGCGAUACUCGGGGAACUGCGUUCCGAGUCGGGGGAGAUCAAGGUGAAUGGCUCGAUGUCGUAUGCCUCCCAGGAGCCGUGGCUCUUCUCCGGCACCGUGCGACAGAACAUUCUCUUUGGCCAGCCCAUGGACAGACGGCGUUACACCAAGGUGGUGAAGAAGUGCGCCCUCGAGCGUGACUUUGACCUGCUGCCGUACAAAGACAAGACGAUUGUGGGCGAACGCGGUGCCUCGCUGUCCGGCGGCCAAAAGGCGAGAAUCAGUCUGGCCCGAGCCGUUUACCGAGAGACAUCCAUCUACUUGCUCGAUGACCCCCUCAGCGCGGUCGACACCCAUGUGGCCCGCCAUCUCUUCGAGCAGUGCAUGCGCGGCUAUCUGAGGGAGCGCAUUGUCAUAUUGGCCACCCAUCAGCUGCAGUUCCUGCAGCAGGCCGACCAGAUCGUCAUAAUGGACAAGGGCCAGGUGAGUGCUGUGGGCACGUACGAGUCGCUGCGCGAUUCCGGUGUGGACUUUGCCUCAAUGCUGAACGAGGAGGCACGCGAAGAGCAGACGGAGGAACGCUCGCGCUCUCGGUCGGGCAGUCAAGUCGACCAACGACGCAACAGCGAGAUAUCUCUGGUGUCCGUAACCGAUUCCGUGCUAGAUGCUGGCGCAGAUCAAAUGGUCAGCCAGGAGCGACAGACGCAGGGCCGCAUCGGUUUGGGCCUCUACAAUAAGUACUUUAAAGCCGGCGGCGGUUUCUUUGCCUUCUUCGUGAUGAUGGCUUUUUGUGUGCUGUCGCAGGUGCUGGCAUCGUUGGGGGACUACUUCCUAUCGUAUUGGGUCACCAAGAAAGGAAACGAUGCAGUGCUCGCCAGCAGCAACGCAGAGAAUGAUACAACGAUACAAUCGCCUAUGCUAGAGAAUCGACUCUCCCACUGGCUGACUGAGCAGGGCUUGCCCGUGGACGCUGAAAGGCUGGACACAUAUAUAUUCACGCUGAUUACGAUUCUCACCAUUGUGGUGACGGUGGCACGUUCAUUUCUGUUCUUCAAUCUGGCCAUGAAGGCCUCCAUAAGUCUGCACAAUUCCAUGUUUCACGGCAUUAGCCGCGCGGCCAUGUUUUUCUUCAACACGAAUCCGUCCGGACGCAUUUUGAAUCGUUUCUCCAAGGAUAUGGGCCAAGUGGAUGAGAUACUGCCCGCUGUGAUGAUGGACGUCAUACAGAUCUUUCUCGCACUGGCAGGCAUUGUCAUUGUCAUAGCGAUUGUCAAUCCGCUCUUUCUCAUACCCACGGUCGUGCUGGGUAUCAUUUUCUACCAGCUGCGGACGUUCUAUCUGAAAACCUCACGUGAUGUCAAGCGCAUGGAGGCCAUCACUCGCUCGCCCGUCUAUUCGCAUUUGGCUGCCUCGCUGACGGGCCUGUCCACCAUUCGUGCCUUUGGGGCACAGCGUGUGCUGGAGGCAGAGUUCGACAACUAUCAGGAUAUGCACAGCUCCGCCUUCUACAUGUUUAUCAGCACUUCGCGCGCCUUUGGCUACUGGCUGGACUGUUUCUGUGUGAUUUACAUAGCGAUAAUAACACUCAGUUUCUUUGUGUAUCCUCCAGCCAAUGGCGGCGACGUGGGUCUCGCCAUAACACAGGCCAUGGGCAUGACGGGCAUGGUCCAGUGGGGCAUGCGACAGUCUGCCGAGCUGGAGAACACAAUGACCGCCGUGGAGCGAGUGGUUGAAUACGAGGACAUUGAGCCAGAGGGAGAACUGGAGGCCGCAAAUCCGGCGAAGAAGCCACCAAAGUCAUGGCCCGCAGAAGGAAAGAUUAUAUUUGACGAGCUGAGCCUGCGCUAUGUGCCCGACCCCAAGGCAGAGUAUGUGCUCAAGUCGCUGAAUUUCGUCAUCCAACCGCGUGAAAAGGUGGGCAUCGUGGGACGGACGGGUGCUGGCAAGUCCUCUCUGAUCAAUGCGCUGUUCCGACUCUCCUACAACGAGGGAUCCAUUCUGAUCGAUAAGCGGGACACGAAUGUGAUGGGAUUGCACGAUCUACGCAGCAAGAUCUCAAUUAUUCCCCAGGAACCGGUGCUAUUCUCUGGCACGAUGCGCUACAAUUUAGAUCCAUUUGAUGAGUACAAAGACGAGAAGCUGUGGCGCUCCUUGGAAGAGGUGAAGCUAAAGGAAGUUGUGGCCGAUCUGCCCAGUGGACUGCAGAGCAAAAUAACCGAAGGUGGCACCAACUUUAGCGUUGGUCAGCGUCAGUUGGUGUGUCUAGCUCGUGCCAUUCUGCGCGAGAAUCGCAUCCUGGUGAUGGACGAGGCCACGGCCAAUGUGGAUCCCCAAACAGAUGGCCUCAUCCAGACCACCAUUCGCAACAAGUUCAGGGACUGCACUGUACUAACGAUAGCCCAUCGCCUGCACACCAUCAUGGACUCCGACAAGGUGCUGGUCAUGGAUGCCGGCAGAGUUGUGGAAUUUGGUACGCCCUACGAGCUGUUGACAGUCGCAGAUACCAAGGUGUUCCACGGCAUGGUGAAGCAAACGGGGCAGGCCACUUACGAUGCCCUACUGAAGGUCGCACAAAAGGCCUUUGAAGACGCCCAGAAGCAGAGUCGGCGUCUGUCCUCUUGAGACUCUAGAAAUACCCAACAAAAUGUGUGAAGGAAUUGAGCAGAGGUGCCUGUAACCACAGUCCGUCGUCUCGGCCUUAUAUAUUUAGGUUAAAUAUUCUUAAUGUUUUUGAAUCUGUGUGUAUGAAUGUUUCGUGUUUCGUGUGAAUGAAUGUAUGGAUAUGGAGAUCCUCUCUUUAUCGAGCUCUAAAUGAUAGAUAGCAUCCACGAGUUGCUUUGGAAUCUGUUGCUAUAUGUAAUGUUUGUAUUUAUUUAAAUUUCUAAGUGCAAAGAAUAAGUGCCUUCAUAAAGAAUAAAGAAUAAAGUUAUAUAUUGUAUAUCGGGAAUUGA